AUGGAAAGAAGUCGUUCAACUGGCCGAAGAGCUUUAUCGAACAUCGCAGCACUUCGUCGACAAUUAGAUGCGAUCGAACGAAUUGAAAAGAAGAAUCUUAAUGAAAUCAAUCGUUUAAAUCAAAUUCAAAAGCAAUGUGAUCUUUUACAAAAAGAAACUGUCAGCAAUUCAUCGAUCAUUUCACAAAAACAACACGAGGUACAAAAAUAUAAAGAACAUUUAGUUAAACGAACAAGUGAAAUUCAUGAUAUUAUCAAAGAAUUGAAUAAAACUCAAUCAGUUGAUGUUUGUUUUCUCAUUGAUUGUACGAGUAGUAUGCAGAAAUAUAUUGAUGAAGUUAAAGAUCGAAUAUUCGAAACAAUUCGAUUAUUAAAAUCUCGUUUUCCACAUUUAAAUAUUCGUUUAGCAUUUGUUGGUUAUCGAGAUGUUGAUUUACAUCCUGAUAAACAAUUUAGUGUAUCAGACUUUACAAAUGAACAAGAUUUCUAUUCAUUUCUUUCGACAAUUAAAUGUGAAAAGGGAGGAGAUGCUUGUGAAGAUGUUCUUGGUGGUUUAUCCAAGUUAAUUGAACUCAAUUGGAAACAACCAUUACGAGUAGUGAUGCACAUUGCAGAUUGUCCAUCUCAUGGAAGACGUUAUCAUAAUUUAGCGGAUAUUUGUGAUGAUUUUAUUAAAAAUGAUAAUGAUGGAUUAGUUGGAUAUAAUUGUAUUAAACAAUUAAUCGAUUUACAAAUAAUGUACUUUUUUGGUCGAUUAACACAUCAUACUGAUAAAAUGAUUGAACAAUUUACAAAUUAUUCACAAAAUCGAAUGACCAUUGAACAAAUUCGUCUGGAAAAUGCCGAAAAUUUAUUACCAUUUGCUGUUCACAUUGUUUCUCAAUCGAUUGCAAAAGCAACAGCAACUGUUUUGAAACAUUAUUCAUUAAAUAAAGAAAAUCCUUUGACUACACAUUCAACAAAUAAAAGUCAAAAUCAACGUGAAAUUAUUUUGGAUAAAAAACAACCUGAUUGGUCAAAUAUUUUAAUAAAAAAAGUUCAAUUUCUCAAAUAUGAAUGUAAUGAUCGAUUACGUUGUGAACAAACGACUCAAACAGGAAAUAUUAAAAUCAAUCGAAAUCCUUUUGCACAAGGAGCAAUGCGUUUGGCAUAUUAUGGAUUAGUUUUAUACAAAGAUCGAUGGGAAAAAGUCGUUUUUAAACAAUACAAAUGUUUGGAUAAUUGUGUUAAUAUCAAAGAUAAAUAUUUAGAAUUAUUAGAUUGUCAAACUAUUGCGGAUCAUCUUGCACAAGAAUUCAAUAAAAUCUCUUUUUUACUUAAUGUUACUCUUAUUGUCAAGAAAAUUAAAUUUGUUACGACUAUUUUAGUUUCUGACCCACCAAACGAAGGGAAAUAUCAUUUUUUCACUAUGGAACGUUUUAUCGAUGGAUCUUACAAGAAAUUCUCAAACAAUGUUGGAUAUGUCAAUUACGAUGACCCUGCUGUGACUCUCCAAGCAUUUUCACAUUGGACUUAUGAACGAACAAAUGGAAAGAUGAUUGUUGUUGAUUUACAAGGAAUUGAUAUUGGUGAUAAUCAAACGUAUUUGUUAACAGAUCCUUGUAUUCAUUCGACAGAUUUGACAAGAUUUGGAAGAACUAAUUUGGGAAAACAAGGGAUCAAGAGAUUCUUUCAAACACAUAUCUGUAAUUCCAUCUGUCGAGCAUUGAAAUUGAAAAGACAUAAAGAUCAACCGGAUGUAUAA